AUGUCGAACGGAAUCCUUAGAACGUCGGGCUCCAGCAUCGUCGAUGCCGAAGGAAACUCCGUUCUCCUGCGCGGUACGGCCCUCGGCGGCUGGAUGCUGAUGGAGAACUUCAUGAACGGGUUCCCCGGCCGUGAGCACCAGAUCCGUGCCGCGCUGCUCAAGGUUCUGGGCAAGGAGAAGUGCGACUUCUUCUUCGACCGGUUCCUCGAGUACUUCUUCACCGAAAAGGACGCCGAGUUCCUCGCCUCCAUCGGCUUCAACUGCGUCCGCCUGUCGUUCAACUACCACCACUUCGAGGACGACAUGAACCCCUUCGUCAUCAAGGAGGAGGGUUUCAAGCAUCUCGACCGUGCCAUUGAGAUUUGCGCCAAGUACGGAAUCUACACCAUCCUCGACCUUCACUCGGCUCCCGGCGGCCAGAACCAAGACUGGCACUCGGACAACCCGACCGGCUACGCCGCCUUCUGGGACCACAAGCACUUCCAAGACAGAGUCAUCAACCUGUGGCAGGUGAUCGCCAAGCGCUACGCGGGCAACCCGUGGAUCGCGGGCUACAACCCGCUCAACGAGCCGGCCGACGUCGAGUGGACGCGCCUCCUCUCCUUCUACGACCGCAUCGUGCCCGCCAUCCGCGAGGCGGACCCGGAGCACAUCCUCUGGCUCGAGGGCAACACCUUCAGCAUGGACUUCUCGGGCUUCACAAAGGUGUUUGACAACUCCGUCUACGCGGUGCACGACUACUGCGGCUUCGGCUUCCCCAACCGCAUCGGCAGAUACCAGGGCCUGAAGGAGCAGGAUGCCUACAUCCGGCAGAUGUACGACCGCAAGGUCGCCUUUAUGAAGGAGCACAACGUGCCGAUCUGGAACGGCGAGUUCGGACCCAUCUACGAGCGCGAAGAGUAUAACCCCGACUGGGAGGAGCACAACGAGGAGCGGUACAAGAUGCUGGACAAGCAAAUGGCCAUCUACACAGACGAGGGCAUCGCAUGGAGUAUCUGGGCCUACAAGGACGUCAACGUCAUGGGCAUGACAUACCUCUCCCCGGACUCGGCCUGGCUCAAGCUCCUCGGCCCCAUGAUCCGCAAGAAGCGCGACCUCGCCGUCGACAGCUGGGCCUACGACGACGCCCACCUCCAGCCCAACCUCUUCGGGCCGCUGCACAAGUGGUUCGAGGACAACGUGCCGGCCGAGUACUCCAAGAAGUACCCCUGGCAGUGGCGCAUGCACAUGCACGUGUUCCGCGGGAUCCGCGGCAUCACCAUGGCCGAGUAA